AUGUCAUCAGGUGGUUUGAUAAUGGAUAAACCCUCUUCGACAAUGACAUUUCUUCCAAUCAAAACUGAAAUUGAUCUCGGCUCUUCAGUACAAAUCACACAAGCACCCCAGCUCUCUUCAAUAGAUAUGUUGCAACAAUCGAAUAACCAUCAUUAUCAACACGCUUUACAAUCACAACAACAGCAACAAAUGCAGCAUUCUGCAUCGCUCUCAACCACCAACUGGGACCCAACUGAACAUUUUGGUUCAUUAAAAGUUGCGAAAAACAGUGUUACACCAUAUACGGAUGCAACGAAUUGCAAAAAAUCAAGCAAUCACAUCAAACGACCGAUGAAUGCUUUCAUGGUUUGGUCACAACUUGAACGACGCAAGAUCUGUGAGCAUCAACCGGAUAUGCACAAUGCCGAAAUCAGUAAACAGUUGGGUCAGCGUUGGCGACAACUAAGUGAGGAUGAGAAGGCACCAUUCGUGGCCGAGGCAGAGCGCUUGCGUUUGAUGCAUAUGCAAGAAUAUCCCGAUUACAAGUAUAAACCAAGAAAGAAACCAAAAAAAGGUGUUGAUGCACAGCAGCAGCAGCAGCAACAGCAGCAGCAAAGCAAUAUGAUCAUGGCAUCUGAAUCAAAUGCAGCGGGUAUUGCCACAAUGCGUAACAAAUCACAAAAACGACCACAUAAUACGAUGAUUGGACUGAUCAGUUUGAAUGCACAAUCGGCCGAAACGACUGCACAACAAGCAGCAGCAUCGGCCGUGGCGACAGUAGCAUUGCCAACUCAUAGUCAUCAUCAUCAUCAUUUUCUGGGCAAAUCAAUGAAAAUUGAUCAUGAUGGUGUUCGUUAUAUGAAUGCGAUCAAUGAUGAUAUGAAAACUCCUCCGAGUAUCGCUAUCAAACAGGAGCGAUUCGUUCACGCUCAUGCUCAUCAACAACAACAGCCGUCUUCUUAUCCAUCACCGAAUGAAUUUACACACGGACCGUUGACACCGGAAAGUGGAUUUUAUGAUGAUUUCUAUUCGUUACCAGCACAGCAUUCAAGCUGUUCAACCAACUCUUACUCUAGUGUUGUUGCUGCUGCCGCAACCUCAUCACCUCCCACACAACUGCUGAUGGCUUCGAAUAGAAUAAGUGUUCAUGGAAGUGAUGUGAGCAGUAGCACUUCUUCAUAUGCAUCGUCGAUAGCGAACAACAGCCAUUUACCGUAUUAUCAGCAAGCUGCAUCUACUAAUAGAUCUCCAGCCGGUACAUCAAAUGCACCACCGAUUAAUGCUAGUAUGCUUGAUCAGGAUGAAUUACGUUCGUUGUCGAGUGGAUCGUCGAGUGGUUAUGGAAGUGUUACAUCGACGCUCGAUCUAGAUGCUAGUGCAGCCGUGGGCACCUCGAUUGUUGCAUCGAGCACCGAAAGUACUAUAACUCCAUCUUUACCAGUGCCAUUUUAUACGACUGCAGCUGGACGGGGAGCAUCAGGAGGGCCAGGCACACGGAUCAUCAUUUCGGAUUCUGUAGAUGCCGCUGAAUGUUUAACGCUGAGUCAGAGUGAAUCAAACGAUCUGCUUCCUUCCAUAAAUGACUUUCAUUUUUCAGUGGCCGUCAGUGCGGCCAAUAACGGUAUGUGGCCGUCAAUGGGUACCGACUUCUGGACCACUUCUGUAGCGACAGCUGUUGGUGCACCUACCAACUACGACCCUUUUCAAAUCUAA